AUACACCCAAGCACUCUUCGUCUUUUCUCUCUCAUAUUUCACAUUCACCUUCCUACCAAAUUAUAUCAGAUUCUAUGUCAUUGUUCUUUCUCUUCUUCCAUUGGUUUGUAAUUAUUUUCAAUACUCAUCUUUAUCUUUUUAUUUUUCUGAUUUUAAAUAAAAACUAUCAACACAUAAACUGAGAAAAUACUCUCUGGGUCUUUGGCUUUUUCUUUUUCUUGGGCAAGCUUGCUUUCUUGCUUUCCUUUCAGAAAAUUAGCCUUCUUGUGAGGCUUCAGAAAACAAAAAUUAAAGCUAUAUUUUCACUCUUUUUUCAUCUUUUUGUUUCAGUUCUUUUUCAAUAAAUUUUUUCUCUUAUUUGGUUGUAAAAUUUCGUCUGAAUUAUACUUCUUUUAACUUAAAAAAAAGAAAAAAAAAAAGAAAAAGAGAGACAUGGGCAAGCAAGGUCCUUGCUAUCACUGUGGUGUUACAAGCACCCCUCUUUGGCGCAAUGGGCCUCCCGAGAAGCCAGUACUGUGCAAUGCAUGUGGAUCUCGGUGGAGGACAAAGGGGACACUUGCAAAUUACACCCCACUUCAUGCACGGGCUGAAUCUGAUGAUUAUGAGGAUCACAGGGUUGCCAGAGUGAAGAGUUUAUCUAUAAACAAGAACAAAGAUGUGAAAGUUCUCAAACGAAAGUCAACUCAUGAUUAUGUGGCAGCUGGAGGUGUUGUCCCUGAUUACAACCAGGGUUAUCGAAAGGUUGUGGAAGAAGAUACUAGUAACAGAUCCAGUUCUGGCUCAGCCAUAUCAAAUUCUGAGAGCUGUGUUCAAUUUGGCAGUGCAGAUGCAAGUGAUUUGACAGGUCCAGCCCAGUCAAAUGUGUGGGACUCAUUGGUACCUUCCAAAAAGAGGACCUGUGGCAAUCGUUCGAAGCAAUCUUCGGUGGAGAAGCUUACGAAAGAUUUGUAUACCAUCUUACAUGAACAACAAUCUUCAUACUUUUCUGGAUCUUCAGAUGAGGAUUUGCUAUUUGAGAGUGAAACACCAAUGGUUUCUGUUGAGAUAGGACAUGGCAGUGUUCUAAUUCGACAUCCAAGUUCAAUUGCUCGGGAAGAGGAAUCUGAAGGUAGCUCCCUGUCGGUUGAAAACAAACAAUACUCAACAAAUGAGGCAUAUUCACAUUCAUUGACCUUCCCUAAACAUAAUUAUAACAUGGGUAACAACUUUUCAAAUACUAGCAUGGACAAAGCUAAGAAUACUAUUGGGCAAGGGAUGCGACAAGAUCAACUUAAGAGGGACAAAUUUCAGCAUGAAAAAUUACAAGUCCUGGGAAAUCGUAAUUCGCCACUAUGUGAUAUAUAUUUAAAUGAUAUUGUCAACUUUGAGGUGUAUUUGGGACACUUGACAAAUGAGGAGCAGGAGCAACUACUGAAGUAUUUAACCCCACUUGACACUGCCAGAUUUCAGGAUAGCCUCAGAAGCAUGUUUGAUAGCCUUCAAUUCAAGGAGAACCUAGCUUCCUUUCAGCAACUGCUUGCAGAAGGCGUCUUUGACUUAUCAUUCCCAAGGGCAUCAACUGAAGACUGCAAGACUUUAAAAAGGCUUGCACUUUCCAAUUUGAUGACAUCCAAAUGGGUGGAACACUACAAUUUACUCGAGAAAUGUAAAAGUAAUGCUGGGGCUUCCAUUGUCUCAAGGUGGCCAAAUUCCAUUGUAUUGAAUAAUGUCUUAAAUGCCAAGAGACCAAGUGACAGCCAAUAUCAGAAAUUUCCAGAAGCAAAGAAUAUGAUGAAGAGCCCCGAACAGGUGAUCGUGAAGGCAACAUUCGAAAAUAAGGAACUCAUAGACAAUGAUGGCUCCUUUAGUCCAAGAAGCUUAUUUGCCUCACCAGCCGACAGUAGCUCCCUUAUGCUGGAAUCUCUCAAUUUUGUAGAUGAAAGUUCUGAUCAGGAUUUGCUGUUGGAUGUGCCAUUCAACAGUUCAUUUCCUCAGGCAGAGCUCCUUCACCCAGCUCUAAGUUUUGGUACUAUUAGUAGCUCAGUUUGUCCAAAUCCUGGCCAACCAAAAUAGCAUAUGCCAAUUGGUACUUGAUUGCUAGGGCUAUAUAGGUCUUCCUUCAACCAAUCCCUCGACUGGGAUCCACAUACUAAGCAUGCCAAAUACAAAAACAUCUGUGAAUGAGGUUUGCUGGUUGCACUAUUUUCCCCUUGACUUUUUAAUUAUAGCAUGCUCAAAGAUAAUGGGUGGGUUGUUUUCUUUUUUUUUUUGUAUAGGUUGACAACAGAUUGUAAUAUAUUGCUCCAAAAUGCAGUAGAGGUAUGUAUGCAAAAUGUAGGUUUUUUCACUUGCAAAAACUUUUUGACAA